AUGGAGGAGAGAGUUGGCGGCGAGCUCGCGAGAUGGAGUGAGCUUCGGUUGCCGGUGAGGGGAGAUGGGCGCAAGAUAAAGCCGGCGACUUCAGAAUUUUCAAUUCCUUUGCCGUUUCCAAAUUUAUCCACGGGUAGUAGCCUACCAUUUUUGCAAAGUGUUCUUGACGCGGUUGAAGACGACACGGCAAGCUCAACCGAAACCCGCGCCUCCAUUGAGCGGUUUCGGGAACGAGCUCACGAAAUGCUUAUGCGUGACUACUUUGUUGAAAACCCAAAGUUUGGCCCGGUUUGGUUUGGUGAAAGAUUUCGAAUGAGUCAAAGGUUGUUUUUGAAGAUUGUUGCUGAUAUUGAGCAACGGUUCGUUUACUUUCAACAACGUAUAGAUCGGUCGGGGAGAAAGAGUUUAGCUGCCAUACAAAAAUGCACAUCCGCGGUGGAACAGCUCGGAACGGGCAACCCUCAAGAUAACUUUGAUGACUACUUGUGCAUGGCAGCAAGAACUUCUUGCGAAAGUCUUGAUCAUUUUUGCAGCGCAGUCAUCGAGUUAUAUCGUGACGAGUACUUACGUAGGCCGAUUAGUCAUGAUGUUGCCCGGUUGUAUGAAGCGCAUGAACGGAGACACAAGAUUCCGGGAAUGCUAGGAAGUCUUGAUUGUACGCAUUUUGUUUGGAGAAAUUGUCCCAAAGGGUUGAAGGGACAAUACAAGAGAGGUGAUCAUCCAUACCCAACAGUUACGCUUGAAGCCGUUGCUUCACAAGACUUGUGGAUUUGGCAUGCUUUUUUUGGUCUUCCAGGGUCGCUCAACGAUAUCAAUGUCUUGAUGCAAUCGACUUUGUAUAUGAGGGAGCGAAAUUCGACGGCUCCUGACUCGUCUUUUACCGUAAACGACCGUUGUUAUAAACGGGGAUACUAUCAUACCGAUGGAAUCUAUUUUAGGUGGGCGACUCAUGUCAAGGCAAUGCCAUAUCCGACUGAAACAAAUGACAAGAAGUUCAAGAAAGUUCAAGAAUCGGCAAGAAAGGAUGUGGAGCAAGCGUUUGGUGUUUUGAAAGGAAAAUGGGGGAUUUUGAAUCGGCCAAUGCGAGCGAUGACGGUCGACAAGAUUACUAACAUUGUGCACGCGUGUAUUAUAUUGCACAACAUGAUUAUAAAGGAUGAUGGAAGGGCAAUAUCACCGGUUCGUAUUGUAGAUAGGGGAGUUCAAGUGGUUUAUAACCACGAUGCUGUGGAUGAGAUAGAAGAUGAAGAAGUUCAUCAUCGUCUUCGAUAUGAUCUUACAGAGUACGUUGGGAGACAAAAUUUAUCCCACCUCGAUGACCCGACGGCUCAACCAACACCGAUUGCCGAUUUAUUUAUUUAG